AUGUCGAAAGGAAAGAUCCUGAUUAUUCUCUCUGGAGCAGACUCCUUCGCCGUCGAAAAGCCUGAUGGUAACGUCUCGGAGGAGAAAACGGGGUUCUUCCUCACCGAGUUGGCUACGCCGCUCGAGAAGAUCCUCGAUGCCGGGUACGACGUCGUAUUCGCAUCCCCUCACGGCAACAAACCAAGUAUCGACCCCCUCUCCGAGAGUAUCCUAGUCUACAUGGGGAAUUAUUGGAGGAAGAAGAAAGAGGAAGAGUUGAUCGAGAGGAUGAGGGUGGAGAAAUCCCUCUACGCUCCUAGAGCCUUUAGUGAAAUAGGCGAUGACGAGCUGAGAGGGUUCAAGGGUGUUUUCAUCCCUGGCGGACAUGCACCACUUACCGAUCUCGGUGCUGACCCCGAGCUGGGUCGUAUUCUCCUUCACUUCUACCGGAAUGGCAAACCUACCGCCGCGGUCUGCCACGGCCCUUACGCCCUCCUCUCCACACGCGUCGCCCCCAACUCCACCGGCUUCGCCUACAAAGGGUACAAACUCACCUCCUGGUCCGACGCCUCCGAAAGCCUCGUCGAAAAACUCAAAGGCGGGCACAUCGAGAAAGUCGAGUCCGCGCUCCGCGACGCCGGCGCGGACAUGCAGACGCAGACGAGCAAGAAUCUUGGGAGUGUGACGGUGGAUAGGGAGGUGGUGAGUGGCGCGAAUCCGCUGGCUGUGGCGGAGCUUGGGGAGAAGUUUGUGGAGAUGUUGGCGCAGAAGCAGGGGGAGGAGCAGAUUGAGAGUUUGGAGAGGAGGAAUAGGUUCCCGGUGCAGGUUAAUUAA